GUCCAUCCCUUCUAUCUGCUGCAAAGCCCGUCGGCGUUGGGGGAAACAACGCGGUGAGCAGAGCUGAUAUUGCUCUCCCCCGCUCAAGGCUUUGCCCUCUCGGCGAGCAAGCGUGCAUUUGCUGCUUCUGCGAUAGGCGGACGUCGGCGGUCGCAAUGCAGUUUCGUGCGGGCGGCGGAGGCGGCGGCGGGGAAAGAGAGCUUUUGAAAGCAGCGCAGCGCGGGGCUGGUGGCGGCGACGGCGGCUCUUUCUGCUUCUUCUAGCCUGGAGGGGACGGGAUUCCAAUAUGCGGUGUUGAAGACGCUACGGGAGGAGAAGACGACAGGAAAGCAGGCACCGAAUCGCACAGGGCAGGGCUUGUCUGUCAGCCCGUCUCUUAGCUGACUCAAGAGGGGCUCGGCUCUGCCUUGAGAAGGGGCGGCCAGCGCAAGCCCCUCGGCGGGACUUGCAUCUCCGCCCUGCCACUAGGAGGGCUGCUAAGCCGACUUUGCUUGCGGAUCGGGCUCGACGUCGUCCUUUUCCUUCGCUUCGUUCGGGGAUUUUGGUUUAGCCUUGGACUUCUUGGACCUUGGAAGAAGAGGAGGAGCGGGAACGUUUUUGCCCCUUCUCUCCCUCUUCACCUUCGGAGGGGGAAGUUCUUGGGGUUUUUUGUUUUUGCAGAUCGGUGGCUCCUUGGGGGGAUCUGGUAACGACAGAAAGGGAACGAUGAAGCUGCUGGUGGCGCUGGCUUGGCUCUGCCUAGUGCUGCUGGUUCUGCUGCUCCAUCUCGGGGAGGUGGCGCCGCAGCCUUGCCCGGCUCAGUGCUCCUGUUCCGGUAGCACCGUGGACUGUCACGGGCUGGCGCUACGGAGUGUCCCGAGGAACAUUCCCCGCAACACCGAGAGGCUGGACCUUAAUGGAAAUAAUAUCACAAGGAUCACCAAGACUGAUUUUGCUGGCCUAAGGCACCUUCGAGUUCUUCAACUCAUGGAAAACAAGAUUAGUACAAUUGAGAGAGGAGCAUUCCAAGACUUGAAAGAGCUGGAGAGACUGCGCCUAAACAGAAAUAAUCUUCAGCUUCUCUCUGAGUUACUCUUUCUUGGGACUCCAAAACUCUACAGACUGGACCUCAGUGAAAAUCAGAUUCAUGCUAUUCCAAGGAAGGCAUUCCGAGGAGCUGUAGACAUUAAAAAUUUGCAACUGGAUUACAACCAGAUCAGCUGUAUUGAAGAUGGGGCAUUUAGGGCUCUCCGUGAUCUGGAAGUGCUCACUCUCAACAAUAACAACAUCACUCGACUCUCAGUGGCAAGUUUCAACCAUAUGCCCAAACUCAGAACCUUCCGGCUUCAUUCCAACAACCUUUACUGUGAUUGCCAUCUGGCUUGGUUAUCUGAUUGGCUACGCCAGCGUCCUCGGGUUGGCCUGUAUACUCAGUGCAUGGGUCCAUCACACCUAAGGGGUCACAAUGUAGCUGAAGUUCAGAAAAGAGAAUUCAUCUGUAGUGGUCAUCAGUCUUUUAUGGCUCCCUCCUGCAGCGUCUUGCACUGCCCCGCUGCAUGUACCUGUAGUAACAACAUUGUGGACUGCCGAGGGAAAGGCCUUACUGAAAUUCCCACCAAUCUUCCAGAAACCAUAACAGAAAUACGGUUGGAGCAAAAUUCAAUAAAGGCCAUCCCCCCUGGAGCUUUCUCACCUUAUAAAAAGCUUAGAAGAAUUGAUCUGAGCAAUAAUCAGAUCUCAGAGGCAGCACCAGAUGCUUUCCAGGGUUUGCGCUCACUAAAUUCACUUGUUCUAUAUGGAAACAAAAUCACGGAGCUUCCCAAAGGCCUGCUUGAAGGACUUUUCUCCCUGCAGUUGCUAUUAUUAAAUGCUAACAAGAUAAAUUGCCUGAGAGUAGAUGCUUUCCAAGACCUCCACAACUUGAACCUUCUCUCUUUGUACGAUAAUAAGCUUCAAACCAUUGCGAAGGGCACCUUUUCCCCACUACGAGCAAUUCAAACCUUGCAUUUGGCUCAGAACCCGUUUAUUUGCGACUGCCAUCUGAAGUGGCUGGCGGAUUAUCUUCAUACAAACCCUAUUGAAACCAGCGGUGCUCGCUGCACCAGCCCCCGCCGACUGGCAAACAAAAGGAUUGGCCAGAUCAAAAGCAAGAAGUUUCGCUGUUCAGCUAAAGAACAGUAUUUCAUUCCAGGCACAGAAGAUUACAGAUCCAAAUUAAGUGGAGAUUGCUUUGCAGACCUGGCUUGCCCUGAAAAAUGUCGUUGUGAAGGGACAACAGUUGACUGCUCCAAUCAGAAGCUCAGCAAAAUUCCUGACCAUAUUCCUCAAUAUACAGCAGAACUGCGACUCAACAACAAUGAUUUUACAGUGUUAGAGGCUACAGGGAUCUUUAAGAAGCUUCCUCAACUACGCAAAAUAAAUCUGAGCAAUAACAAAAUCACAGAUAUUGAAGAAGGAGCAUUUGAAGGAGCAUCUGGUGUAAAUGAGCUGUUGCUCACCAGUAACCGGCUGGAGAAUGUUCGACACAAAAUAUUCAAAGGAUUAGAAAGUCUCAAAACUUUAAUGCUAAGGAGCAAUCGCAUUAGCUGUGUGAGUAAUGAUAGUUUCACGGGCCUGAGUUCUGUUCGUUUGCUGUCCUUAUAUGACAACCAAAUAACUACAAUUGCUCCUGGUGCCUUCGACACUCUCCAUUCCCUUUCUACGCUAAACCUCCUAGCCAAUCCUUUCAAUUGCAACUGUCACUUAGCAUGGCUGGGAGAGUGGUUGCGGAAGAAGCGCAUUGUAACAGGGAACCCUCGCUGCCAGAAACCCUAUUUCCUAAAAGAAAUUCCUAUACAGGAUGUCGCCAUUCAGGAUUUCACUUGUGAUGAUGGAAAUGAUGACAACAGUUGUUCGCCACUCUCUCGCUGUCCUGCAGAAUGCACUUGCCUAGAUACUGUAGUGCGUUGUAGCAAUAAAGGUUUGAAGACUUUGCCCAAAGGCAUCCCAAAAGAUGUAACUGAACUUUACUUGGAUGGAAACCAGUUUACCCUCGUCCCCAAAGAACUUUCGAACUAUAAGCACUUAACUCUUAUAGAUUUAAGUAACAACAGAAUCAGCACACUUUCUAACCAGAGCUUCAGCAACAUGACUCAGCUGCUUACCUUAAUUCUCAGUUACAAUCGUCUCAGAUGUAUUCCAGCUCGAACAUUUGAUGGCCUGAAGUCACUUAGGCUGCUGUCUUUACAUGGCAAUGAUAUUUCUGUUGUUCCUGAAGGUGCUUUUAAUGAUCUUUCAGCAUUAUCCCACCUCGCUAUUGGAGCAAAUCCACUUUAUUGUGACUGUAACAUGCAAUGGCUAUCUGACUGGGUAAAGUCAGAGUACAAAGAGCCAGGCAUUGCCCGAUGUGCUGGUCCUGGUGAAAUGGCUGAUAAGCUACUUCUCACUACUCCAUCUAAGAAAUUCACAUGUCAAGGUCCAGUGGAUGUCAACAUUCUUGCCAAGUGCAGUCCUUGCUUAUCAAAUCCAUGCAAAAAUGAUGGGACGUGUAAUAAUGACCCUGUAGAUUUUUAUAGAUGUUCCUGUCCUUAUGGAUUCAAGGGUCAAGACUGUGAUGUUCCAAUUCAUGCCUGCAUUAGCAACCCUUGUAAACAAGGGGGGACUUGUCACUUAAAAGAAGGUGAAAAGGACGGAUUUUGGUGUGCAUGUGCAGAUGGAUUUGAAGGAGACAACUGUGAAGUUAAUAUUGAUGAUUGUGAAGAUAAUGAUUGUGAAAAUAAUUCCACUUGUGUUGAUGGAAUUAACAACUAUACUUGCUUAUGUCCACCUGAGUAUACAGGUGAGCUGUGUGAAGAGAAGCUGGAUUUCUGUGCUCAGGACCUGAACCCCUGUCAGCAUGACUCAAAGUGCAUCCUGACGCCCAAAGGAUACAAAUGCAACUGCACACCUGGCUAUGUAGGAGAACACUGUGAUAUUGACUAUGAUGACUGCCAAGACAACAAGUGUAAAAAUGGAGCACAGUGUACUGAUACGGUGAAUGGUUACACAUGCAUAUGUCCUGAGGGGUACAGUGGACUUUUCUGUGAGUUUUCUCCACCAAUGGUCUUGCCCCGCACCAGCCCAUGCGAUAACUAUGAGUGUCAAAAUGGAGCCCAGUGCAUCAUUAAAGCCAAUGAGCCAAUUUGUCAGUGCUUGUCAGGUUAUCAAGGUGAUAAAUGUGAAAAGCUGGUCAGCAUAAAUUUUGUGAACAAAGAAUCCUAUUUGCAAAUUCCUUCCCCAAAGAUUCGUCCACAGACCAAUAUCACUCUCCAGAUUGCAACAGAUGAAGACAGUGGAAUCCUGCUAUAUAAAGGUGACAGAGAUCACAUAGCCAUGGAACUUUAUCGUGGACGAGUAAGGGUCAGCUAUAAUUCAGGAUCCUAUCCCACAUCUGCCAUUUACAGUGUUGAGACAAUCAAUGAUGGAAACUUCCACAUAGUUGAGUUACUGACCAUGGAUCAGAUUCUUUCUUUAUCUAUUGAUGGAGGAAGUCCCAAGCUCAUCACCAACUUAUCUAAACAAUCCACUUUGAAUUUUGACUCCCCACUCUAUGUAGGAGGCAUGCCUAUGAAGAACAAUGUUGCUGCACUGCGCCAGUCCCCGGGUCGCAAUGGCACCAGCUUUCAUGGCUGUAUUCGUCAUUUGUAUAUCAAUAGUGAACUCCAGGACUUUAGGAAUGUCCCACUUCAAGUUGGAAUUCUCCCGGGCUGUGAACCCUGCCAUAAGAAGGUGUGUGUCCACGGAAUCUGCCAUGUGACCAGCCAGUCAGGCUUUACUUGCGAGUGUGAUGGAGGAUGGACUGGCUCACUUUGUGACCAGCAAACCAACGAUCCUUGUCUAGGAAACAAAUGUGUGCAUGGUACCUGCUUGCCAAUCAAUGCAUUUUCAUACAGUUGUAAAUGCCUGCAGGGACAUGGGGGAGUCCUCUGUGAUGAAGAUGAAGAACUGUUUAACCCCUGCCAGUCCAUCAGAUGUAAACAUGGUAAAUGCAGGCUUUCAGGCCUUGGGAAACCGUAUUGCGAAUGCAGCAGCGGAUACACUGGGGACAGCUGCGAUAAAGAAAUCUCUUGUCGAGGGGAACGAAUCAGAGAUUACUUCCAAAAGCAGCAAGGUUAUGCCGCGUGCCAGACGACCAAGAAGGUAUCGAGACUAGAAUGCAGAGGAGGGUGCUCAAGUGGGCAGUGCUGCGGGCCAUUGAGGAGCAAGAGGCGGAAAUACUCUUUUGAAUGCACUGAUGGUUCCUCAUUUGUGGACGAGGUGGAGAAGAUGGUAAAGUGCGGCUGUACAAAGUGCCCCUCCUAAAUGUGUCCUAUUUGCCCCACUUGUUGUUUUUUUAAAAAAAUGUUGUAUACUUAUUGACCAUGUCUUGGACUAAUUAAUGCUUCAUAGUGGAAAUAUUUGAAAUAUAUUGUAAAAUACAGAACAGACUUAUUUUUAUUAUGAGAAUAAAGACUUUUUUUUCUUCAACUGCAACAACAACAUCAAUCAAGUGCUUGAACUGAGACUUCUUGUAACCCAGAGGAGUUGGAAGGAAAAAUAAAGACCUGGUAACAUUUCAACAGUGAUGGGAAACAUAACUGCAUUUAACAUCAAGCUUUCUUUAUAACAUGCUGAGGACAAGCAGGCACCCUGCUCAAAGUGACUUUAAAUACUCCAGCUUAUUAAUAAGAAACCGAUCAGACUAAGACUUUUUUUUACUACUUUAACAAUAAAUUUGGGUUUGGGUUUAUUGUCUUGACAAGACCAUAUCAGACUCUUGUAGGGGUGGAAGGAAGAGUGUCAGGUGAAAAGAAUCCAUUUCAGCACAUUUAACAAAUCUGUGAUCCAUUUUGUAUGUCAUACAUGAUCAAGUUGGGAAAUGAGGGCUCACUAACAGAAGAGGAUGCACCAUACCCUUAAAAUCUCCUGAUAAAUUCUUUUAUGUUGGCAUGUUAGCAAAAACAAAAGAAGAAUCAAGUGUUUAUCUACCCUCUUCCAGUAUUAAUUUUUUUGUAAGAUAAAUGUUAAGGGGAUGAUAAAAAUAGAUUAUUGUUGGGAAAAUUAGUUAUAAUAUGGAGUUUUGUUUCUAUGAGUUCUGAACAGCUCUAUACAGUAUUCAGUUUAUUGAGAAAUAUUUAUUGUAUCAAAGUACACUGUACUUAACAUGUAGGCCACCCCCUUUUACUGUUUUUCAAUGCUUUAAUAUAUAUUAAUUUAUAUUUGUCCUGAUAUUUUUGUAUUUCCUGUUGUUGUUGUUUUUUAAAAAAGACUUAAAAUCAGGAUAUUUGCAAUAGGACUAACAUAGCAUGUUCUCAUGGGGUAAAUAGAUUUGGUCCAGGUAAAUUUGUUUUCCUUAGCAACCUUUCAUCCAGUGUUACUGAUGGAACAGGAUGCUGUAUGCAACAACAGUUUGUAGUUUUCAUGGUAGCAAAGUACUGUGCAUCUCUCAAGUCCUUGUAAUGUAGGAGGAAAAAAAUGUCUUUGCAGUAGGUGGCAAGUGUAUAGAAAUGAUCAUUUCCCUAAAUAUGCAUUACUUUACGGAAAAUGAAAUGGUAUGUAGAAAAUGACACUAGAAAGUAGACCUUAACAAACUAAUAUUCCCUUGGAGUUCCUUGCCUUUAAAAUUAAACAGAGAGGGGCUGUACUGCCAAGAACUGUGACUUUUCCCAAAUAUUAAAACUGUUUUACUUGCCCUAAUGUUUCCCUUUGUUAACAUGUUGCUGCUAAAUCACAACAUAGGAUUGGUAAUUAUUCAUAGUGGGUUGUGUUCUUUUUUCAGUAAAUCUCGGGGUACCCUAUAAAAAGGGGUUUUUCAAUUUUUUUAAAAAAAGAAAAUUUAGAUGUACAUGUGUAAUACAGUGUUGCUUUGUCUUAUUU